GUACCUCGUUUAAAAUAGUAUUUCAUUAAAUUACCAGAAUUAUUUAUUUUUAUAGAAUUAGAAUAUUGUAAUGAAAAUAUUACAAUAUUUUAAAUAAUAUGGAAACGCCUGAUUCAAAUGGAUAUGUUAAUAUCACUUGGCCGAGUAAAAAUAUUCCUCACGGCGGUAUCUUUCACACAAAAGUUCACGACUUCUCACCUGCUCAACAAUCAUUUCUAAAAGUGUUGUUAGAUGAAUCAAAGUUUACAAUCGAGCAGCGUCGUAAAACUGCAUUCACUUUACGUCAAAACGACGGCCGCAAAGAGAAACCAGCGCCCAAAGCGAGAGAGAACGUGAGGAUUCUCCGACCACGUACUUCAUGUCGACGCUCCCUCUCUGCAAUACGUGCUUCUGGAGUACUCGAGCCCGAUACGUAUAAACCGUUAAAGCGCGGCGAAGACCGCGAGAAGCUGAAAGAACGACUUGCAGACUUCAUGACCUACGGAGACUUAGGUCAGCGACCGCCGAAACCAGCUCGUCCCAUCAAAAUCCCUCCAAAGUUACCAACAAACAAAGAGAAAUGGAAUGAUUUGGUGACACAAAUCCGCGAGCGGGCUGACUGGUUAGCAGAGAUGGAGAUGUUAGGAGAAGCGGACCUCCAUCGUGAGGUGAUACAGGACCAGAUCGCGGAGAGGAUCCGCGCGUUGGACGCCCUGGGCAUCGAUAGCGAGUGCUCGUCGGCCAGGUCCAGACGGUCGGGAUUCAGCGUGCUCGACACUGGUAGAAGAAGUGUUAGAAGCAAGGAUAGUGAUAAUACAGAGCGCACAACGUCAUCUAAAGAAAAGAAAGUCCUAAAGAAAGGACCAACAAAAAAGAAUAAAGAAGUUGAAGAGAAUGUCGACGCUUACAGCCGAUUGUCGCCAUUGGAGUACACACCACGGCGAAGAGUUUGAUUCAAUAUACAAUUUGAAUUUCAUUUUUUAAUUAUAUUUGAAACUUUUCAUAAAUGUACAUUUUCGUCCAGUAAUAAUAAAAA